GAAGAGGAAGAAGAAGAAGAAGAAGAAGAAGAAGAGCUCCGUUUCACUGUCGGAGCUUUCCGGUGUGACACCUAGCGGCACUUCAUGUAUUUAGCUGCAAAUCUGCGUUGUAGCUGUGUCAUAAAAACACUUUGUUAUAAAGCAGCGAUGUCUUCGGUUCAGGGUCUGAGAGCGUUUGUCACCGAGCGACUGACUGCUGCUGCAGCAGAAAUCCUCGGAGCCUUUGAGAAAACCAUGGAGGAGUAUGAAGCAGAGAUCGGUCGGCAGCGCAGGCUGCUGGACAGCGUUUUCAAACCUGACGUAAAACUGCACAGGAUCGAAGAGCCCGCAGACCAACCUGCUCAUAAGGAGGAGCAGGUUCUCAGCAACCAGCAUCUCUGUGGCCAGAGAAACAAGUCCAGUUUGGACCAGAAAGAUCCACAUGUAAAGGUUAAAGAGGAACAGGAGCAACUCUGCAUCGUUCCGGAGGGAGAGCAGCUGCUUCUGAAGCAGGAGACCGAUGACCUUACGUGGAUUCCUCCCUGUGGAGAAAGUGACCACGAUGAAGCAGAACCAAUCAUUGAGCACCAGCUCUCCUCCAGCAGCUCUCCUGUGACCUACAGUGUCCACAGGUCUCCCACCUCAGAGACCCACAGUAAAACUCCCACGCACAAAAGCACUUUAAAAUGUGUGACUUGUGGAAAGUUAUUUAAGUAUAAUUCUAUUUUUCAGAGGCAUCUGAGCAGCCACACAGCUGAGAAGCCACAUGCUUGUGACACAUGUGGGAAAAGAUUCAGCGAGUUAUCGUCUUUGAAAGUUCAUCUAAGACUUCACAGACCCGUGAAAUACCUGAAAGAUCAGGAACUAUGCCAUAUUACGACUGAUCCUUUUCAUGAGGAACGUGACCAGCAGUCGGUCUCUCCCAGUUCUACUGCAACCCACAAUGCUCACAUCUCUUCAUCCUUAGGGACCCACGGUCAACAUUACGAAUGUGACUGUUGUGGAAAAGUGUUUAGAUGUCAAUCGAACUUUCAGAGACAUAUGAGAGUUCACACCGGUGAGAAACCGUACAUUUGUCACACCUGUGGAAACAGAUUUCGUCAGGCAUCGACUUUAAAAAGUCAUUUAAGCAUUCACACGGGGGAGAGGCCACAUGUCUGCACCACUUGUGGAAAGCGCUUUUGUCAGGCAUCAAAUUUAAAAAAUCAUUUAAGCAUUCACACAGGCGAGAGGCCACAUGUCUGUCACACUUGUGGAAAGAGCUUUCGUCAGGCAUCGACUUUAAAAAAUCAUUUAAGCAUUCACACGGGUGAGAAGCCAUAUGUCUGUAACACUUGUGGAAAGAGCUUUCGUCAGGCAUCAAAUAUGAAGGCUCAUUUGAAGAUUCACACAGAUAAAAUAAUCUUUAAAUGUAAAACCAACAUUAACAAACACCUGAUAACCUUCAGUGAUCACAAGCCAUUUCCCUGUAGGACCUGUGGAAAAAGAUUCCGUAACUCAUCACAAUUGAAAAAUCAUUCAAGAGUCCACACAGGUGAGAGACCAUAUCAUUGUGAGAUAUGUGGUAGGGAGUUUAAGCAGCAUGGAGCGUUGAAUUAUCAUUUAAAAGUGCACACAGGUGAGAAGCCGCACCAGUGUAACACCUGUGGGAAACGAUUUGUGGCUAAGAACGACUUGGUCGUACAUCAAAGAGUCCACACAGGUGAGAGACCGUACUCUUGUAAAAUGUGUGGUCAAAAAUUUAAGCAGCUUGGAACAUUAAUUAGUCAUUCACGAGUCCACACUGGUGAGAAACCAUACGUCUGUCAGACAUGUGGAAAACAAUUCAUUCAGAAGACACACAUGAAAACUCACAUGAGGAAUCAUCAUACGCUACAGUUGAACUAGAGAUUUAAACUUUAUAGACUUUAGAUUCUGGUUACGGAGUCAAAACUUGGACUGAGCUGAUUUGCAGCCCAACGAAUAUGUGAAGAUGAGUCUGUUAAGUAGCCUGGUCCAGAGUAAGAAAAGCCGGCGACACUGUAAUAAGAUCCAGGAGAGCUGAGGAACCAGACAUUGAACACAUCAGCAGCAUUGGCUCUUUGCUUUCGAUGGAAUACUGUGAAGUAGCUGUAUACAAAAUAAAGACUUGAGUUUUGCCAA